CUGGGGGCCCCUCUGCACCCGGACGCUGGGGACCUGGCCGUCCCGCAGCCUCCACUCGGGCCCGCGGGCCGCCGGCCAUGAGGCAGCCGUUCUACCGCUGCCAAAACACCACCUCGGUGGAGAAGAGCUACUCGGCAACGAUGGGCUGGUUGCUCUUCAGCGCGGGCCUCCUAGGCAACCUGCUGGCUCUGGGGCUGCUGGCGCGCUCGGGGCUGGGGUCAUGUCCGCUGCGCUCGCCGCGCCCGCCGCCUUCGGUCUUCUAUGUGUUGGUGUGUGGUCUGACCAUCACCGACUUGCUGGGCAAGUCCCUCGUGAGCCCCUUCGUGCUGGCAGCGUACGCGCAGAACCGGAGCCUGUGGGGGCUGGUGCCCAAGCCAGGCAGCUCGCUGUGCCAAGCCUUUGCCUUCAUCAUGUCCUUCUUCGGGCUCGCCUCGACGCUGCAGCUCCUGGCUAUGGCCUUGGAGUGCUGGCUAUCUUUGGGGCACCCCUUUUUCUACCGACAGUACAUCACCCUGCGCCGGGGUGCACUAGUGGUGCCCGUCGUGGGCGCCUUCUGCCUGGCUUUCUGCGCGCUGCCCUUCGUGGGCUUCGGGAAGUUCGUGCAGUACUGCCCUGGCACCUGGUGCUUCAUCCAGAUGGUCCACGAAGAGCGCUCUCUGUCGGUGCUGGGCUACUCAGUGCUCUACGCCAGCCUCAUGGCGCUACUAGUCCUCGCCACCGUGCUGUGCAACCUGAGCGCCAUGCGCAACCUCUAUGCGAUGCACCGGCGGCUGCAGCGGCUUCCGCGCUCGGGUACCAGGGCCCGUGCGCAGCCCAGCGCCGGUGAGAAAGAGGCGUCCCCGCCGCCCCUGGAGGAGCUGGAUCACCUCCUGCUGCUGGCCCUUAUGACCGUGCUCUUCACCAUGUGCUCCCUGCCUUUAAUUUAUCAGGCUUACUAUGGAGCAUUUAGAGCUGUCCACAAGGAAAACGAAACUUCUGAAGAAGUCGGAGACCUCCGUGCCUUGCGUUUUUUAUCUGUGAUCUCAAUUGUGGACCCUUGGAUUUUCAUCAUUUUCAGAACAUCACGAUUUCGGACGUUUUUUCACAAGAUUUUCAUAAGGCCUCUUAAGUAUAGAAACUGGUACAAUUCCUGCCAAACAAACGUGGAAUCCAGUCUGUGAUAAUGUUUUACAGUCUCUGGUAAACUGAGGAAUGUAUCACUUUCUGUCAAAGAACCAAGACAAAAAAAAAAUCUUACAAUUUAAAUCCUUAAAAGUUAUCUCCCAUAACAAAAUAUCUAAAUGUAUUGGAUAUCUUAACAAUAUAUUGUCACUCUAU